AAACUUUACUAUUUAAACAAGAUUUACAGGUAUGGUAUUAUAGCUUACAACAAAACCAAUCAAACGCGACUUUAAUUUUAUUUUGCCUUUUUCUUUCCCUCUUUGAAUUUUUCCCUAAAAUUCUCAUGGCGAACGCAACAUCGGAGCGAGGAUCUCGGGACCAUCUUCUCCGGGAGACGAUGACACGACCAAGCGCGAUCAACAACAACAACAACAACAAAUCGCAACCGGAGUUUCCAGCGUCACGGUUCACGUUCAUGUCCCUCGUGCUCUGGUUCGACCAGUCGAAUUGCGGCACGGCUCUGCUUUCGUGGUCCGUAUUCUUCCUCCUCGUCGUUAUCGUACCGAUGAUCUCUCACUUCUUGCUCGUCUGCUCCGACUGCGAUUUCCACCACCGACGGCCCUACGACGCCGUGGUACAGCUUUCUUUAUCGAUCUUCGCGGGAGUCUCGUUCGUUAGCCUCUCGAUUUGGUCGAGGAAGUUUGGGAUGAGACGGUUCUUGUUUCUUGAUAAGGUUUGGGAUGUUAGCGACAAAGUUAGGAUCGAACACGAAGCUGAGAUUCAGAGAUCGCUAAAACGACUAAUGAUCUUCGUCCUCCCAUCACUAACGCUCGAAGCAAUCUACAGAAUCUGGUGGUACAUCUCUGGCUUUAACCAGAUUCCUUACAUCAUCAACCCUGUUCUUAGCCACGUCGUCGCAUUCACUCUCCAGCUCUCUUCUUGGCUUUACCGUAACACCAUCUUCAUCGUCGUCUGCAUUCUCUACCAAAUCACUUGUCAUCUUCAGACUCUUCGUCUCGAGGAUUUCGCACGUUGCUUCGCCUCUGAGAUCGCUGACGUUAGGUCAGCUCUCGGCGAGCAUCAAAAGAUCCGUCGUAAUCUGAGGAUUGUUAGCCAUCGGUUCAGGAGGUUCAUUCUUUUGUCUUUGGUUCUUGUUACUGCUACUCAGUUCAUGGCUUUGCUUACCACUACGAGAGCUAGUAUUGCUGUUAAUAUAUAUGAAGUUGGCGAGCUCGCGUUAUGUUCGUUGAGUUUGGUUACAGGAGUAUUCAUAUGUUUGAGAAGUGCAACGAAGAUAACUCACAAAGCUCAAUCCGUAACCAGCCUUGCAGCUAAAUGGAACGUUUGCGCAACAGUUGACUCGUUCGACCAUCUUGAUGGGGAAACCCCUACUGGUUCCAUGAUUGAAUCACAAAUUUCUCCAUGUGGCAUUAAUGCGAUGGAUACAUCUGAUGAUGAAGAAGGAGAAGGAGACGAUGAUCUUGAUAAUACCAAGAUACAUCCCAUCUACGCUAAUACAAUUUCUUACCAAAAACGUCAAGCUCUAGUGACGUAUCUAGAGAACAACAAAGCUGGGAUCACUGUGUAUGGGUUCCUAGUAGAUAGAUCAUGGUUGCAUACGAUUUUCGGGAUUGAACUCGCUCUUCUACUAUGGUUGCUCAAUAAAACGAUCGUGAAUAUACCAUGAACCAAAGUAUUUGGUAAUACAUAUAUACAUAUAUGCAGCAUUGAAUCGUUUUGGCAUGAUGUUUCUCUCGAAGAUAUGACGAAGGAACAGUAGAGAAUUUUCAUAAGAGGCAAGGAGAUAUGUCUCUUCCUCCUCCUUACGUGUUUAAUUACAAAUCUGGAGAUAUGACAAACUAUUUUUGAUUAAAUACAAAAAAUGUACGUGCAUGGCUGUAUAGAUGUAUGUAUCUGUUUUUGAUGGAA